CUCAUCGCGAUGCGCCAUCUGUCUCGCAAAGACUGAACCAAACCUCACUCACUCUGGAGAUAUUUCAUAAGUGGAGACACUUGGAGAUUUUUCCUGACCACAGUCAUUCCUUGUUCAAUUCUCUCUUGCUAUUCUGUCGAAAAUCGAACGAAACAAUGAAACCAAUAUUGUAGAAAGGCCGAGACAAGCUUGAAGCACUCCAUCGACGAGUGAACACCGCUGGACAGUCAAUGAAACGACAAUAUAUCAGGGCGAUUAACCUUCUUAUAUUUCGGUAUCCAUAAAUGCGUCGAGAGACUCGCCCAUUUUAACCUAGUCCCCCACAAUAGCUCUCCCCGAUUUCCUGAUACCGAGAAAAAGGUGAAAGAACCUGUUUUGCGCUCUGUAACGUUCAUAUACAUAUUGAACCACUUUCUUAACGCUCAAUCGGAAUGAUAUCGAAUCGAAAAUUGAGGUAACGCAUUCGUGAGUGACGAUAAUACUGACAAAGUACUCUUCGAGAUGUUUGCCAGCGAGUUUUUCGUGGUGUUGUGUCUUCUGUCAGUGGGCUGCCUGGCACAGUUCAAAUGCCCUGCCAGAACCGGGUUUUUCCCAGAUCCCGAACAGUGCGAUCUGUACUACGUUUGUUCGAGAGGCAGCUAUGAGGAGAAGCUCUGUCCUGACGGUCUAGUUUUCGAUGACACCAAUCCCAACAAGGGCAAAUGUGACAUACCUUCGAACGUCGAUUGUGGAGACAGAGAUGUUUUACAGGAGGCGAAACCAAGCAAGGGUUGCCCUAGAGCCAAUGGGUACUACCGGCACACGGACCCCGAGGCUUGCGAUAAGUUUUUCAACUGCGUGGAUGGAACACCGAUAGAAGUGUCCUGUCCACCUGGGCUCAUAUACGACGACGUGGAAAGUACUUGCUCGUGGCCCAAAGAGAGCAACAGGAAGGACUGCGGCAUCAUCAAAAGAGAUUCUUUGGAGGAUGGUUUCUCUUGCCCAGAGGAAGAGGCAUUGGGUCCAGAUGGGAGACUGAUGCCCCAUCCAACAUACGCGCAUCCGGACGACUGUCAGAAAUUCUACAUCUGUAGGAAUGGAGUGAGACCACAAAGAGGUGCCUGUCCUUAUGGAAAAGUUUACAGUGAAGAUACUUUCAAAUGCGAAGAUCCCAAAAAUGUCCCUGGGUGUGAAGAUUAUUACGCUAAGGAUGAGAAAAAACCACAGGGAAGAAGUCAGUGAAACUUGAAGUCACAAUAUAUUGAAGAAAACUGAGCCUGGGAGCUUCCAAAAAGUUUGGGAAAUAAUUCAAACUGUUUCGAUUGUAUUUUGUAGGAAAUAUUUAUUAAUUUGAUCUAUUUUUGUUGAUUUGUAUCAACAUUUCAGUCGUUUAGUCAGUUUUGUCGUUGCAUGAUUACUUCGAACAAAUGAGAAAUCUACAGAAAACGUUUUUGGAAAGAAUAAAAUGAUAUUUUUUCGAGA